CCUUGCUAAGAAUCAUCUUACACGCAUUGUUCCAAAUCAGGCUUACAGCUCAGAGAAAGAAGAUGGCAUGAGAACAAUUUCUCCUUCCGUCCCCUGAAGGAGAAAGACCCAGGGGAUUCCUGGAUCUCCCUGGGUUUCCGAAAUUUUCACCCCUACCUAAUUGUAUUUUUUUGUUUCAGUUGGAUUCAGAGGCAUUUCCUGGUUAAAGUGCAGUGUGAUUUCCAUUGAGUUGAAGGAACAAUUCUCAUCAUGAGUGGGUUGUCGGAGGAGGCAGUGGAGAAAUUUCUGGAUACAAAUCCUGUCUUUGCUAAAGAAUAUUAUGACCUUAAAUUCAGGCCUGGGAUCAUAUCUGACCUGCUCAGCACCAACAAGACAAAUGUUGAUUUCUCCCAUUAUCAUUCUAUGUCCAGUGUGGAGGAGAGUGAGAUUGUGUUUGACCUCAUUAGGGGCUUUCAGGAAAACCUCAAUGCUGAAAGAUGUGUCUUCAGUGUACUCAAGAAGUUGUCUUUUAUUAUCCAGGCAGAUCGUAUGAGUCUCUUCAUGUAUCGCAUGAGGAAUGGUACUGCUGAACUUGCCACCAGACUUUUUAAUGUUAACAAAGAUUCCACCUUGGAGGAAUGUUUGGUAUCCCCAGAUUCUGAGAUUGUGUUUCCUUUAGAUACUGGAGUUCUUGGAUUUGUGGCACAGUCUAAGAAAAUAGUCAAUGUUUCAGAUGUCGCACAGGACGCACAUUUCUGCAGUUUUGUAGAUAAUCUUACAGAAUAUGCAACACAGAGCAUCCUCGCUGCGCCUGUGAUGAACGGGAAGGAUGUAGUGGCUGUCAUAAUGGCUGUUAAUAAGGCUGAUGGCAAUAGUUUCACCAAAUAUGAUGAAGAGAUGUUCCUUAAGUACCUCAAUUUUGCCAAUCUGAUACUCAAGGUGUUCCACCUGUCCUACCUACACAACUGUGAAACCAGAAAGGGUCAGAUACUUCUGUGGUCAGCCAACAAGGUUUUCGAAGAGCUCACCGAUAUCGAAAGACAGUUUCACAAAGCAUUUUACACAGUCCGCGCCUUCCUUAACUGUGACAGAUACUCUGUAGGACUUCUGGAUAUGACAAAGACUAAGGAAUUUUUUGAUCAAUGGCCAGUUCUUAUGGGUGAAGUUCCACCAUAUUCAGGACCAAGGACUCCAGAUGGUAGAGAAAUAUCCUUUUAUAAAGUGGUUGACUACAUAUUGCAUGGAAAGGAAGAGAUUAAAGUUAUACCGAACCCGCCUGCAGAUCAUUGGGCUCUAAGCAGCAAGUUACCCACAUAUGUUGCCGAAAACGGUCUUAUUUGCAAUAUCAUGAACACAGGAGCUGAUGACUAUUUUGAGUUCCAGAAAGGUCCUGUUGAUGAAUCUGGUUGGAUGAUUAAAAAUGUCCUCUCUAUGCCCAUUGUUAACAAAAAAGAAGAAAUAGUUGGGGUGAUGACAUUCUACAACAGGAAGGAUGGAAAACCCUUUGAUGAAAUGGAUGAAGUGCUCUUUGAAUCUUUGGCGCAGUUCCUUGGCUGGUCUGUCCUGAAUACUGACACCUAUGACAAAAUGAAUAAACUGGAAAACAGGAGGGAUAUUUACCAAGAUAUGGUCAGCUAUCACGUGAAAUGUUCAGACGAGGAACUGCAGAUAAUCCUGAAAACAAAGGAGGUGUAUGGCCGGAAGCCGGACGAGUGUGAGGAAGAAGAAUUGUAUGAAAUACUGCAAGAAGAACUUCCAGAUCCAGACCAGGCUGAGAUAUAUGAAUUUCACUUCAGCGAUCUGCCUGUUCCAGAACUUUACUUGGUUAAAUGUGCUAUUCAGAUGUACUAUGAGCUAGAAGUUGUCGACAAAUUCCAUAUACCGCAAGAGGUAUUAGUGCGGUUUAUCUUUUCUGUGAGCAAAGGAUACAGGAAAAUUACUUACCAUAACUGGCGGCAUGGCUUUAAUGUAGGACAAACAAUGUUUACUCUACUCAUGACAGGAAAGCUCAAACGCUAUUACACAGAUCUGGAAGCCAUGGCAAUGGUGACUGCAGCCUUCUGCCAUGAUAUUGACCACAGGGGCACUAAUAACCUGUACCAGAUGAAGUCCGGUCAUCCACUAGCAAAACUUCACGGAUCAUCUAUCUUAGAAAGGCAUCACUUGGAAUUUAGCAAAACAUUACUGAAAGAUGAGACAAUAAAUAUCUAUCAGAACCUGAACAGAAGGCAGUAUGAUCACGCAAUCCAUAUGAUGGACAUUGCAAUCAUUGCAACAGAUUUAGCUUUGUAUUUCAAGAAAAGGGCCAUGUUUCAGAAAAUAGUUGACCAGUCGAAAACAUAUGAAAGCGAGAAAGCAUGGACGGACUAUAUGAUGCUGGAACAGACUCGAAAAGAAAUAGUCAUGGCAAUGAUGAUGACCGCAUGUGAUUUAUCAGCCAUUGCCAAACCCUGGGAAAUACAAAGUAAGGUGGCUCUUCUGGUUGCUGCUGAGUUUUGGGAGCAGGGUGACCUGGAAAGGACUGUAUUGCAGCAAAAUCCCAUUCCAAUGAUGGACAGGAACAAAGCAGAAGAACUUCCAAAGCUUCAGUGUGGUUUCAUCGAUUUUGUCUGCACAUUUGUAUACAAGGAGUUCUCACGAUUUCAUCCAGAGAUACAGCCAAUGUAUGACAGGAUUUUAAAUAACAAGAAAGAAUGGAAAGCUUUGGCUGAUGAGUAUGAAGCAAAAAUGAAAGCUUUGGAGGAGGAGAGGCAAAAGAAAGAGGGUAUUCAGCCACAAAAAACAGGUCCAGCUGUUACAGGAAAAGAAAAUGGUGGAAAUGUCCCAGUGGGUGAACCAGCAACGCAGUCAAAAAGUUGUUCUAUCUUAUAAGACUGUAAAUAUGUAUUUUUUGCUCAAUAGGGUAUUGAUAACAAUUAUAUGGUACUCAUCUAGAACGGUACUGUGAUUUGUUAUAACUAAAUCAUUUUGCAUUACAUGUAAAAGGAUUUAAAAUUCAUAAUUACAACUAAAUAUCCGAUAAUGGCCUAGAUUUUACAUUUUUUGGUACGUUUUUCAAAUGAUUCAAAUCUGUUAAAGAAACUUUCCUUGGACUUUAUGGGUGACUUCUUUAGAUAAAUCAUUUGGAAAGUUUUCCAACAGAUUCUUUAUCAUUUGACAAGUCUAUUAAAAAUGUUAAACUGAGGUCAAUAUAUAUUUUAUAGAAUAAUGUGUAUAUAACAUGAUUUAAUAUUCAGAGGUAUAAUUACCAGACUGUUAACAACUCGGCUCAACUGAUUAAAGAGGCAAUAUGCUAAUAAUCCCUUCUGAAUCUGGGCUCAUCCCAGAAUCCUUUUUCUCAACCAUAGGAGUGCAGUAUGUAUCGUUCACCAUGCCAUCAGCUGGCCUUUGUCCUUUUCAAAAAGUUAACAUUCCAUUUAAUAUUAUACAUUAAAAGACAGAGGGUCUAGCAUAAUAUGUUUGAACUGGCCUGCAACAACAGCUGAUUAUGCCUUGGCUCAUGUAUUUCAUUUGCUUGAUGACAUGGCAUUUUGAGCAUGCUUCCAGGCUACUAUACGGUGAAGUAUUUUUAGACUGUAGGUAAACCAGCCACCUGUAUGUUGGAUUUUCCUGUUACCAGUGUUAGCAUGUCACAUGUUUGUUAAUGCCUAGGCUAUUGCUAAGCUCCCAAUUACUCAUAACUGGAUGAGAAACUAUUAUACAAAAGCUGUGAUGACAAGGAGCUGGUCCAGUUAUUCAACUUGACUUAAUUGGUGGGCUUGUUAGGGGAUCGGAAUGUCCAGAAUAUUGUUGUUGCAGUGUUUGAUUGUUAUAAUUCUACUAUGAUUUUAUAAUCCUAUAAAUGUACUUAGCUGGUAAGUGCUUCCCAUUCCAAAGUAUGUAUAUUUUUUACUUUUUUCUGGCAAUAAUCUUCUAACUAAAGCUAAAUAAGGACAUAUUUUAUUUGUGUGGAUUGAGUGGGACUGUGGUGGAAUGUUCAACGAGGUUUAUUUUUGUUGUUUUGGUUCAUCGGGAUAACAUACCUAAAAUUUUACAAGGGUAAAUAAAUGGUCACUUCAGUAGAGCCUUCAAUCACAGUGAUGUUUUGACCAAUUCGAAUGGCCGUGGCCAUAACUUAUUGGAAAUCUUGCUGUGAUUUGAGGCACCUAUAAAGUAUUAUUAAGCACCUUAGGGACGAGCCGUGGACUGUUUAUUUACUCUGCAUUUAUUGUCAUUAUCUCAAGACUGGCGUCAUUGCACCCUCUUAGUGACAUCAUCUGGAUAACAUGUAUCUGAAGUAAAAUCAGAUCACAGGAUAGAGAGACUAGAAGAACCAGGAAGCCAAAGGGUUUCAUUAAACCCGCAUGAUGAUAGUUAUGCUUCUGAUACCUAAGAUGCAAAUCAGUCCCCAUGUUAGAAAUACAUUGUUUGCUACAGCUAUAUACAUAGCUACAGUUAAAAACAUGCAGAGUAGCUACCAUUCUCUAUGGUUAAUUCUGACAUGUAAAGACAAAAGAAAUGCAACAAGAAAAUGUCAGAAAAUUAUGGCAACUUUUACUAGCCUGACUUAAAAAGUCCUCGAGCACCUGGCUGAGAUUAAUGAGAGCUGUACGAAUCCACACAUAGAAGGUUACUGCUUGCCUACAUCUGUAUGUUUUCUAAAAAUUUAAACGGUCACUAUAAACACAAUUUAGGUUCUGCCAGGUUAAUAAAGGUGAUUUAUUAACUUUUUCUCCCUCACCCCACCGGUCUCCAUGCUCAAGCUCUACCUCUUUGGUUGAGAUCAUCAAUGUUGAUUAUCUCAGCCAAUCCAAUGCUUUCCAAUAGGGAAGCAUUGGGAGUCUAGUGCGUAUGCAUGGCAAAACACUGCCCAGCACCAAUCAGAUUGUCUGCUGAGACCAUCUAACUAAAAUAACAGAAUUUUGCAUUACGAUGAAGUGUUCUGGGUGCCUAUAGUGUUCCUUUAAAUGUUUAUUAUUUGAACUAUUUCAUUUUACAGAGAUUGCGGUAUAAUGGGUUCUGUGCCGGUCAAAGAACAUAUUGCUACAUGAAGUACUGUAGAUAUACAUUACAUAAAAUAAUGUAACCAGAAGCUGCAAUGCAAUGUGCAACGUGUUAUCUAUGCAAUGCGACUAUACUCUUUUUUGAGGUAUCAUUAAAUAAAGCAUAAUGUAAGCAAAUAUUACAGGGCAUUUUAUCAGUUCUGUUUACUUUAUGAUAAAUAUAUUUUAAUGAAUAUCUAAGAAUAUGAAUGCAUAUAUAUAUAUAUAUAUAUGAGUAUGCAUAUGAGUGUGUGUGCAUGUGUGUGCGUAUGUGUGUGUGCACAUUUAUAUGUAGGUGUACAGUAUAUUGUCAUGCAAAGGGCAAGCAUAUUUAAGAAAAUUUACAAAUGCAUAGUGUAAUGAUAGAAUUAGGCCAAGUGGUAUCUGUAAUAUGUCCCAAGUUCUUUUGAUUGUAUGAUGCCAACACUUGUUCAGUAUGUAUCGCUUAUAAUCUGAAGCAAAAUUGAGAAUUUUAGGAAUGAUUUAUUAAAUGCACAGUAAACUUCAAGAUAACAGAGCUGUGAUGAAGCAUCAUCUGAAAACAAUGAACAAUCUAUCGUAUAAUGUUUUGACAUAACAUUUGGUACUUGGCAUCAAUAUGAACUUCAUUACUACAUUUGGCAUUGAGCAUGAAGCCCACAUUGUACCACUCAUGGCUAAUCUGCUGAAGUUUAAGCACAGUACAAUUUGUCAGUUGCAUUGACUUGUCAUAUGUAUUUAUAAUAGAAAGCUAGAUUUUGCCCUCAUUGUUACAAUUUUUGUUUCUUUUUCUAACAAAUUAAAAUGCACGUUUUAAAGUUGAACCACACCAAGAAACUUGUCUUGAUUGUCUGUCUGUCUGUCUGUCUGUUUCAUUUAGUUACUUAUUUUUACCAAGUUAGCAAGGGAGGGAAAACUCAGCAUUUAAAGUAAUAUACAUGCAUACAGAAAAGGAAACCUACAAGCAAAUACAUAAUUUUUUACAUUUUGUUCAGAAAUGUAUAGUAAACACUACCAAAGUAAGGUCUUUAAUUCUGACCGGUUUUACUAAUCGCAAUGCUUUCAGUGGAGUUUACUUAACAUGUUCGCUUGGCUGUUACUAGACAAUUGAAGAAGUAAAUGAUCUGUUGAUGAGUUUAAAUCCUAACACCCUAAACGAUGUUUAUAGCACAUUGCAGGAGAAUCUUCAGAUUCUUGGAAUACAUCCCCAUUAUGACUUUACGGAAUUCUCCAGAAGCGGUUGUUACAGCUGUUAUUUUUCUCUUCUCCAUUCUCACUUUUGUUUUCUAAAAUUUGUAAUGGGCCAACUUUCAUUGUGCAACCUGUCACUCUCAUAAAUGCAU